UGACUCAGUACGAACUGCGUUUAACAGCACAAGUACUACUUUUUGAACUCGUACCAGCUCUGGAAAGGCGACAUGGACUAAUUUCGAGUCGUUAAACAAGCACAUUGGACCGCUAGUUUUUUUUGUUUACAUACUGCUGUUUAUGACUGCGCACGUUGUUGGAACUUUUUUUCUCUGUUGACGGAAACUUCGUAAUAUUGUCAUCAGUAGUUUCUCGCAUUUUAAAGCUUGUCACAUGUGAAGACGGUGUUUUUCAUCAAUGAAAUGGGAUUUACCGGCACCAGGGAAGUGCUGCGGGACCGUGUUUCAGUUGGAAAAUUAACCUCUUGAACCUGCCGGGACUUGACUUUUAUCGACAUAAUUUUCUAAAUCCAUGGAGUCUGUUGGGAAGUUUGAGUUCAACAGGAAAGACCUGAUUGGCCACGGCGCCUUUGCAGUGGUGUUUAAAGGCAGACAUAAAGAGAAACGUGACUGGGAAGUUGCUGUGAAGUGUAUUAACAAGAAAAACUUUGCCAAGUCACAAUCUUUACUUGGGAAAGAAAUCAAAAUAUUAAAGGAGCUCAAACAUGAGAAUAUUGUCAGACUUCUUGACUAUCAGGAGAUGGGAGGGUGCGUGUAUCUCGUCAUGGAGUACUGCAAUGGAGGUGACCUGGCAGAAUACCUCCACUCUAAGGGCACCCUCAGUGAAGACACCAUCCGUGUAUUUCUGCAGCAGAUUGCUCAGGCCAUGAAGGUCCUGCAGGGCAAAGGGAUUCUCCACAGAGACCUUAAACCCCAGAACAUUUUACUCUGCCACCCAGAGGGGCGCAGGUCCAGUUCCGUUAACACCAGCAUUAAGAUAGCCGACUUUGGGUUCGCACGUCAUCUCCAGACAAAUACUAUGGCAGCCACGCUGUGCGGCUCUCCCAUGUACAUGGCUCCUGAGGUCAUCAUGUCCCAGAACUAUGAUGCCAAAGCUGAUCUAUGGAGCAUCGGUACUAUUGUGUACCAGUGUCUGACUGGAAAAGCACCAUUUCAUGCCAGCACACCACAGGAGCUCCGUCUCUUCUAUGAAAGCAACAGGACCCUGUUACCCAGCAUCCCAAAGGAGACUUCUAGUAACCUAAGACACCUGAUGCUGGGGCUGCUGCAGAGAAACCACAGAGAACGAAUUAGCUUUGAUGAGUUCUUUCACCAUCCAUUUUUGGAGACAAGUUCAUCCACAAAGAAAUGCUCACCAGCUCCCAUGCUGUCCUACCCCAGUUCUGGCUCAGGCAGCUCCUCUAGCAGCUCCUCCACAUCCCAGCUCGCUUCGCCUCAACAUUCCGAUGGAGAGAUGCACCGACUUCAGCCUAAGGUGCAGCACUCCCCUAUACAGGACACCCCCGGCCUACUGCUGAAAGAAGCAGCCAGUCAGGACAGUAGAAACAUCCCAUCUUACACUGAAGAUUAUGUCAUGGUGCCUGCACAGUUUCCGAGUGAUUACACAUGUGAGCUGGAAGCUGGGUCACCCAUUGAAAGCUGCAUGAUAUACAGCGGGAGCUCACUAGUGGCUGAGAGAGGACCAGGAAGGAUACCAGCCAUCCCAGACCUGCUGCACUCUCCCUCCAAGCCUGUUAACAAGCCUGAUGAAGGAGUUGGCCGGAAAUGCAGCCACUCAGUGCCCAUUCCCGUCCCAACUCAAAUCCAAAACUAUCAGCGUAUGGCGCAGAACCUGCAGCCCGUCGGGUUGAAUGGCUCUACCAGGGUCACAUUAUGCUGUGCUGGCAGCAGCAGGGAAAGUUCCCCACAGUGUAACUCCACAAAGCUGGCAACUAGAGGAGGCCGACCACAACAAUCCUCGCCACGAGUGGGAAUGAUCCCAAAGACUUCGGAGCAGACUCUCCCACGCAGCACAAGAACUGGACAGCUCACUAACUCUCCUGAUGUGCAGGCCGACAGCCUCAAGCAGACGGUUCAACCAAGAAUGCCAAACCGAACCAGGACUGUCCCAAACCUGCAAUCCCUUGACACAUCUCCUCCUUCUCAGACCAACACCAGCAGGAAGCCAGACAAUAAAAAGGGCCCUUUUAAAAGGUCACUCAGCACUGGCAGGCUGUCUGACAUGCUGCUGAAGGCAGCCUUUGGAACUCACCUUUUUGAAGAGGAGAGUGAAUAUGAGAAAAGCAUGGAUAUAACAGCUCCACCUACUGGUUGUCAUAAAGUUUUUCACUGCUCAGAAAGUCCACCUCCAACAAUCUUCACUAUGGGCUCACCAUCCAGUGAAAACACUCCUCCUGAUACCAUGCUAUCAAGGACAAUCUCAGGUUCCCCCAACUACAUGAAUUCAGCCUGGCUACUUAACAGUCGCCCUCUGCAGCGUCGAAAUAGCCGUAGAAAUAGUGAAACUGAAAUCAUGGAUGCAAUUGCACACAGCAGUCUGAUUUUUCACCCUCCAGAGCUGCCUGAAGAUACACUGAUGGAGCAGACUCACACCGAUGCUCUGAGUGAUUUGCGCUUCACCUUGGCUUUUGUCCACUGUGUCAUGGAACUGGCUUCUUCUAAGGACCCAGGGCUGGAUACCAUCAGCAGUCCAGAUAUUUCUUUUCUAGAGCAGAGCUUGGUGACUGAUCAGAUCAGCCUUCUGAGUAGAGAAUGGAGCUAUGCAGAGCAGUUAGUGCUGUACAUGAAGGCUGAAGAGUUUCUGUCAUCAGCACUGCACACUGCUAAAGGAAAUAUUAAACAAGGCCACCUCGUUGCCUCUGCUACAGUCAAACAAGUGAUCAGGAAGCUCAAUGAAAUGUACAAGAACUGUGUAACAUACUGUCGCUCCCUCAACAAUCGGCUGCAGACGUUCUUGCUUGACAAACAGAAGCUCAUGGACCAGUUCAGUGGACUCACAGCAGAGAAGCUCAUCUACAACCACACUGUGCACAUGGUCCAGUCUGCCGCUUUGGAUGAGAUGUUCCAGUUUGGCACAGCAUCAGUCCAGCGCUACCAUAAAGCCCUCCUGCUGAUGGAGGGUCUGUCCCGGAACCUCACUGAGCAGAAGGACAUUGACAGCAUUGAUAAAUGUAAGCAGUGCAUUGAACGACGUCUCUCAGCUCUGCAGACAUAAAAAUAUCCAUCAGCUCCACCACCUGCAUUGUCUUGCCUCACCUGUCUUGCCUCAGCAUAGAUAAAUUCUUAAAGAUUGUCAACACACAAGCACUUUGAUCUCUUCUAAGGGAAAUGACCACUGGAGCAUCUGCUCGCAUCCCAUUACCCAGUCUGAGCUCUCGAAAUAAAUGCUCAGAAAAAACUGGACGUUUUGGACAGACAGAUUGUGUUAUGAUUGCUUGAAUAUUUUGAUCAGGUAAAUCGUUCUGAAUAUUUGUUUUGUUACAGACUGUAUGUUUUGAUGUGUUUCCUUGUUUUGCACAUAGAAUAAUCUAAUAAUUUAAUAGCACAUUCAUGUGUUAUACUUGAAACAAAAAGUGUUUAGUUCUGUUUUUUUGUGUGUUAGAAACCUUUGUGUUAUGUGUAUAGCAAUGUUCACCGGUCCACCGGACUCUGGAUAUUUUGGAUGAGAUGACCAAAUGUUGCCAAUGUGUAGCAAUACGAGUUAAACUGUGCCUAUUUUUUGUACAUUUUUCAUCAUUACAGAAUAGUGGAUGCAAAGGUAAUGAAAGUAUGCUUUGUCAUCAUACAGAACAAUUGCUUUAUGACUGCCAGUCUUACAGUCAUACAGACUUAUACCAAGGAGUGCAAUAAGUAUAUUUUGACAUUUGAAUGAGAUUUUUGUUUCACAACAGCUGAUUCAAAAAUACCCUCCCCUAGGCGGUGAUGUACUCAGUCAUGAGGGACUUAAAGUGACUUUAACUGCAUGCCACAUUGUUUAUGUUUAUCUGCUGUUUGCGUGCCUGUUUGUUUGUUUGUUUGUUUUUUUAAUGUUUCAGCUUUGCUCAUUUGUUUCUAGAAUUUUAUAUUUAGAUCACUGCAAAUGGUAACCUGUGAAUGAAUUUGUACUGAAUUUUUGUCUCAUAUGACAUGAGCUUAUUACAAUCGCAUAUUCAAUACUUUGUGAAAAUGUUAGCAUUAAACGGAGGUUUGUGUGUCUUUAACCAACUGCCUUUUGUAUUUGUUGUUUCAAGACUGCCAGUUGUAUUUGCCAGAAUGAGUUACAUGGUGUGUGAUCAAAAUAAAUUGAAUUUAUUAUUAGA